AAAAAUACUGUGCUGUGUCACGCCCAUGAGGAAGGACAGUGAGAAAAAGUGGAAAAGCUGCUAAGAUGCCAGAGGCAUCUAUCAAAAAGCCUCAGGGUUUAAUUUUAUCCAUAGAGAGUGAUAAGUACAAGGAGCCAGAGAGUAGAGAGCCAGUGAACAUGAGAGAGAGGAUGGGAACAGGGAUGGGAUUGAGAAAGAGGCUGAUCAUGCAGAAAAUGUUGUCAUCGGCUCAUGACUGGAAAGACAGCACCGAUCUUCAAUACCAUCGCCGAUCUCGGCUCAAGCAAGGGAGAGAUGGUAACAAGAGGAGGCGGAGAGAAAGCGACUGCUAUCACAUGAGAGGGAGGGGAGUAACGGCAAGGUGAAGGGAGGCAGCGAGCGGACUGAAGCACUGAUAGGAGCGCCACAGGCAAGGAGGGAGUGAUCGAGAGAGGGAAGUGGAAGGGAGUAAGCAGCAUAACAGCCUGGAUAGAGUGGUGUGCAGAACAACAGUGGGACCACAGAGGACAUGAGAAAAAACAUUUGACACAAGAGAGAGAGAGAAAAAAAAAACAAGGACAAGAGGAAUCGGGACGUCAGGUGAAAAGAAAAGUAACAGGGGAUACAGAAGAUCUGGUAGCCGAUGAGGUCAGAUAGUUGAGCAUGUGACAGAUGAAACUGUUGUCUUCCCUAGGAGGGGUAAGAUAAAUGUGUUGUGAAUCUCUGCACGUGUUUGUUUGCUUGUGUCAUGAAGAUACAAAUGAAGACAGAGCACCUGUUAUUCUGAGACAUCGCAUGCAUUGGGCAAUCUCUGCAGCAUUUUACCUACCUGCACGCUGUUUGACCUUCCUUAGUCAGCAGAAGGAGUGUGACUGCAGAGAGAAAGAAGAGAGAAAGCAAGAGAAGUGAAGGGAGAGUGAGUCUACAGAAAAUACCCUGAAAGGGAGAUAGAAUGUUGAAGUGGAGUUGCAGCUAAGGGAGUUGCUGCUGUGAUUAGUGUGCCUGCACUGUCCUCAUAAUCUUAGACCUCUGCUUGGAGCUCCGGUGGCAAUACAGUAGACUGGAUUUUUGUCAGACGGAAAGCCUGGACCUUUAAUUGUGCACAGCUUCUUAAACAAGACUCCUGUCAGGAUUUAUUGACUAAAACCUCAUCUGAAGUGACCUCAGUUCCUUGAAAGGGCCUGGAUUUAGUUUUUAUACUGUGUGAAAUCCAUUUCUGAACAUUUAAAGAUAUUCAAAUGUUAGUGCUGUGAGUCUUCUUCAAGAACGGAUAUGUCAGACAAACCCCAAGGGUGUUCUGGACCUGCUCCCAGGGUGGGAGACUCCAAGGUGGGAGAGGCUAAAAUGGGAGAGGGGAUGAGGAUGGGGGAGAGAGACACCCCUCUGAGGCUGUCGCCGUUCCGUAUGCUUCGAAUGCUGGAUUCGUGCCGCCCACCAGGAAACCGGAUUGGGAUCGUCCAUGAAAAUGUGAAGAUGGGUUCAGAUGGUGAAAGUGAUCAAGCAUCUGGGACAUCCUCUGACGAGGUCCAGAGUCCAGUGAGGGUCCGCAUGAGGAAUAAUAAUCAUCGGCGCAUAUCUAAUGAGGACAUAAACAAGCGGUUGUCUCUCCCUGCUGAUAUUCGACUGCCAGAGGGCUACUUGGAGAAGUUUGCCAUGAACAGCCCGCCUUUUGACAAACCCAUGAGCCGCAGACUUCGGCGCGCAUCACUGUCUGAAAUUGGCUUUGGGAAACUUGAGACGUACAUCAAACUGGACAAGCUGGGCGAGGGCACCUACGCUACAGUGUUUAAAGGCCGAAGCAAGCUGACAGACAAUUUGGUAGCUCUGAAAGAGAUACGCCUGGAACAUGAGGAAGGAGCACCCUGCACCGCCAUAAGAGAAGUGUCUCUGCUGAAAGACUUGAAACAUGCCAAUAUUGUCACCCUCCAUGACAUCAUCCACACUGACAAGUGCCUCACUCUGGUGUUUGAAUAUCUGGAAAAAGAUCUCAAGCAAUAUAUGGACGACUGUGGGAGCAUCAUGAGUAUUCACAACGUCAAGAUCUUCUUAUUCCAGCUUCUAAGAGGUCUAGCCUACUGCCACAGAAGGAAGGUUCUCCACAGAGACCUCAAACCCCAGAACUUGCUCAUCAAUGAGAAAGGAGAGCUCAAGCUGGCAGAUUUUGGUUUGGCUCGGGCCAAGUCUGUCCCAACAAAGACAUACUCAAAUGAAGUCGUGACGUUAUGGUACCGACCUCCAGAUGUUCUCCUGGGCUCAACUGAGUAUUCCACACCCAUUGAUAUGUGGGGUGUUGGCUGCAUCUUUUAUGAAAUGAUCACAGGCAGACCUCUGUUCCCUGGAUCGACUGUGGAGGAUGAACUGCACCUCAUAUUUCGCAUUCUUGGUACUCCCACAGAAGCAACAUGGCCCGGAAUAAUGACAAGUGAAGAGUUUAAAACGUACAAUUUCCCCCGCUACCAUGCUGAACCGAUUGUGAACCACGCACCCAGGAUAGACAGCGAUGGUCUUGACUUGCUGUUAAAGCUCUUACAGUUUGGAGCAAAGAAUCGUGUUUCAGCUGAGGAGGCACUAAGACACCCGUAUUUCAGAACUCUGGGAGAGCACCUUCAAUCGCUGCCUGACACUGCUUCCAUUUUCUCCAUAAAAGGCAUCCAACUGCAUAAGGAUCCAGGGAAGAGGUCCUCACUUCACCCAGAAUCAAGCCAGGGGAAGAACAGGAGGCAGAGUGUGUUGUUUUAGUGCUGGCGGUUAGGAGAGAUGCAGAGGGAAGUGACACGUGGAGCUGUCUCAUCGAGACGAACAUUUACCUACUCCGCCACACACAAACUGAAGGAGCGUCGCACACCCUGCCACACAAAGUUAUACAGAGGAAAACAAAGACAAACACAUUCACAUUCACAUUCAUGCAGGGAAUGUGACAAUAAAAUCACACAAAUCCAUGGCUGAAGAAUUUUAACUUAUAGAUCAAAGACUCCAUUCAACCCUAACGAUGAAAAUAAUACAGAAAAAAGUGAAGCUGAAAGAAAAGUGGGAGAAUAUAUUUUUCUCCUUGCUGCUACUACCACUGCUGUCCAGAAGAGGGUAGCAUUAUGAUGUGAGCUGACUCAGAUUUGACACAGAACUUGCUGUAUCAGUGAGCUGUGAGAAAGAAGGAGUCAAAGUGAACACGAAUCAAAGGCAAAGAGAGUAAGAGGUGUGCACUCAUACUUUCUGCCCGAAUUAUUACUGUACAUAGAAAGAUUAAGCUGUAGACCUCUUGCUUUUUUUCAUAGCACACCUCAGCCUGAAUCCAAACUUUAAAGCAUAACACCUCAAUCCUAAAUCUUUACCUAACUCCUUAAAAUAUGUUUCUCUGUUUUUUUUUUAUACAUAUUUUUUUAAAACUCACACUAAUGGCUCACUUGAAAAUGGAGAGUGUGUGGAUAAUUGGAGUUUACAGAGAUAAACAUUCGCACCUUAUUGCCCAACAGAGGUCAGGGCAGCUGUCUUUCUGUUACCUCAUCAGUCACUCCAGCAGAGUAGGAUGCCAAGUACACGACUGAACAAGAAUCAAUUGAGAAACCAAAAAUGAGCCCAUUGAAACGAUAGGACAUGGAUAAGAUGUGGGGUAUUUUUUUUGCACUACUUCAGUCCUUUAUAUUUGAAAAACUUUGCAUUCCUGCAAUGCUGUAAAAACAAAAACAAAAAGAACACUACACUGCAGGAUGCUGUUGAUCUGUUCCUUUGAGAAGGAUAACACUGAAGAGGUAAAGGAAGUGUACAAAUCCUCACCUGCUGAUUCCGAGACGCCUCCCUCCCUCAUCCUUUUUGCCUUGUUUGAGAAGUUAUUUGUUGUCUCACGUGCAGGUGUUAAUGUUAAACUGUCCUCUUUGUAACUGAUUUUACCUCUAACUCACGAGUAGACUCUUAAAAAAACUAUCUUUUGUCAAACCUUAUGUGCUUCUUUUUUUUUUUUACUGUUUUACUUUACUUUCUUUUUUUUUUUUUUUUUUUUAGAAAUCUGUAUAUAUUAUCAUUAGAUUUACUUUUUCAGAAGAAGCAAUGAUUAUUCCAGGAUGCUGUUCUCAGUCUUAACAGUGGGUGAUAAGCUGGGGACAUGUUGCACAUUCCUUGAGCUCAGGACUUUUUGCUCGUGUUUAUGCUGUGGAUGCAGGUGAGGUGCAGGUGAUCGCGUGUUUCCCCAGGAGAGCAAAUCAUGGUCCGAAGUCCUUUGCAAUGCUGGUUUAAACUGUAUGUAAAGAAUUUCAGUCUGUGUUGUCACUCAUUCUCUGUUAGAUCCACUGUACCAUUGCUGUUCAGAGACUACCUUACAUUGUGUCCUUUUCCGUCAUCUUUUUCAGCAUGUUUCUGUAUUAAACACACGUUUUUAUGUUGGUAUGUGGAGUAGCUGCUGCAGGACAUGUUGCAUGGGAAAUGAUUUUAUCACAUGAAUAUUACACCCUACAACACAUAGAGUGAACCAGAAGACUGUACCAAAAACACCUUGAAGAAAAUGACAACACAGUGUAGUGUAAGAGCGUGAUGUGCUGGCUGAGACCUGAGAGGUUAAUACAACAAACCUAAGUCAGCUGAGACACAGUAUUUAGGCACUCAGGCAUGCAGCGUCCUCCAUUUGUCCUGCCACGCCCUUGUAAAAAGAUGGGUAUAGCAAAAUCAAUUGAAUAAAAAAUUUAAAUACAGCAAAAAA